UGUGACCGUUGUGUAAUUUAGGAGAGAGAAAGCAGAUCCUCCUCCUCUCUCCCCCUCUUUAUUCAAAAAAAUUCGCAUUUCCUCUUCGUUUGUCUGCCUUUCUCUCUCUUUCUCUAUCUAUAUCCAGUUUUCUCUCUCUAGAAUCCGUUGCUCUCUCAUGGCAAUCGCAGCAGAAACGCAGAUUCAACAAACGGCUAAUACAGAGGCAGCAGCAGAAAAAAAGAGGUGGACGCUUAAUGACUUCGACAUUGGGAGGCCACUGGGAAGAGGAAAGUUUGGUCAUGUUUACAUAGCUAAGGAAAAGAGGAGCAACCAUAUUGUUGCACUAAAGGUGCUCUUCAAAAGCCAACUCAAACAGUCCCAGGUGGAGCACCAACUUCGCCGUGAAGUAGAAAUUCAAAGUCACCUUAGACACCCUAACAUCCUCCGACUCUAUGGUUAUUUUUAUGAUCAGAAAAGAGUCUACCUGAUUUUGGAAUAUGCUGCUAAAGGAGAACUCUACAAGGAGCUCCAAAGAUGCAAGCACUUCAGUGAAAGACGUGCUGCUACUUAUGUUGCUUCAUUAGCGAGGGCUCUAAUAUAUUGUCAUGGGAAGCAUGUAAUUCAUAGGGAUAUAAAACCGGAGAAUCUUUUAAUUGGUGCACAGGGUGAGUUAAAGAUUGCUGAUUUUGGGUGGUCUGUGCACACAUUCAAUCGCAGGCAGACCAUGUGUGGAACUCUAGAUUAUCUCCCACCUGAAAUGGUGGAGAGCACAGAGCAUGAUGCAAGUGUGGACAUAUGGAGUCUUGGUAUUCUUUGCUAUGAAUUCCUUUAUGGUGUCCCUCCAUUUGAAGCUAAAGAACACACUGAUACAUAUAGGAGAAUUGUGAAAGUAGAUUUGAAGUUCCCUUCAAAACCGGUAGUCUCCUCAGCUGCCAAGGACCUAAUUAGUCAGAUGCUUGUUAAAGAAAGUUCCAAGAGAAUGCCUUUACACAAGCUUCUUGAACAUCCAUGGGUAGUUCAGAAUGCCGAACCUUCAGGAGUCUACAAAGGGUAAUAAUAUCAUGUUCAUAAAUGGGGUGCAAAUUGUAUUCAUGACAAAAAUUGUUUGUUGUAUCUUCUUUACAUAAUAACAUAAUUGAGUUUCAAAGUAUUAUUUUGGGAAAAAUAAA